AUGGCAACUUUUAUUAAAAUUCUUCUUGUUCUUCUUCUUCUCCUCGUUGGUCUCUUUUCCAUUUCAUCAUUGGCGUAUGCCAGGUCCACCGAAAACCAUCUUCUUUCAUCGAAAACUACCAGUUCAGCCAACCAAACAGAAAGCCCCAACUUGUUCCCUCAAGAGGACAUUAACUCCUCGGUGGCCGUUCAUAAUCCAAGGCUUGUUGAUCAGAAUUUUAAGUUUCCUUUUCUUCCUCCUUUUAACCCUUUUAUUAGGUAUCUUGGCGAGAAUGCUGGUUACUACCCACUUCCAAAUACUGGUGCAAGGAUUUUCUACUUCUUCUUUGAAUCACUAUUUAGAAGUGUUGAAGACCCAGUUGUGUUAUGGUUAAGUGGAGGGCCUGGAGCUAGCGGUAGCAUUGCAUUAUUUUAUGAAAAUGGUCCACUACAACUCAAAGAGGACCUAUCACUCAUUUGGAAUGUUUAUGGUUGGGACAAGAUAUCAAAUAUUAUAUUUGUUGACCAACCUAUCGGAACAGGUUUUAGUUACACAACUAAUAACAUUGAUAUAAGGCAUAAUCUAACUAGUGUUAUUGAAGACCUAUAUAACUUCUUGCAGCAAUUCUUUCAAGAUCGUCUUGAUUUUGCUCAAAAUGAUUUCUAUAUAAUUGGACAAUCUUAUGCUGGACAUUUUGCUCCUGUCCUAGCUUCUCGAAUACUCCAAGGAAAUAAAGUAAACAAAGGAAUUCAUAUAAAUCUCAAGGGUCUUGCUAUUGGUAAUGGACUGACAAAUCCUAGAAUCCAGUAUCCAACAAUACCCUUUUUUGCUAAGAUGAAUAAUUUAAUUGAAGAAACAGAUUAUCUAAAAGUUGAUGAGAUGAUUCCAAAAUGCGAAUCAUCAAUAGAGGAUUGUGACAGAGGAGAUGACGACGCUUGUCUCACCGCAGAUGAUAAUUGUCGAAGAAUGGUUCAAGCGAUCCGUGGAAUGACGAAUAGAAAUUUUUAUGAUAUUAGAACGCAGUCUGCGGGCUCUUUGGAUUAUGACUUUUCAAAUUUGGAGAGUUUUCUAAAUAAAAGAUCAACAAAGAAAUCCCUUAAUGUAGGGGACAGAACCUAUAUGAAUUGGAACACUCUAGUAUUUCGUGCAUUGAAAAGAGAACACAUGAAGAACUUUGACGUAGGAAUUCCUGCUUUACUUGAAGCUAAGAUCAAGGUCUUAAUCUAUGCAGGAAAUAAAGAACUCAUGUGCAACUGGAUUGGAAAUAUGAAGUGGGUCUUAGAAUUGGAAUGGUAUGGUAAGCAAGAAUUCACAAAAGCUCCAUUUGUUCCAUUUCUUGUUGAUGAUAAAGAAGUAGGAAAGAUGAUGAGUCAUGGACUUCUCACAUUCAUUCAGGUUUUUGAAGCUGGUCAUAUGGUUCCAAUGGAUCAACCAAACGUUGCUUUACACAUGAUACGGAAUUGGAUGCAAGAGGAAGUCAAGUGA